CUUGCGCUCCCUCUCGCGGCUCGCCUGCACUUCCUCGCCCGCCUGCCUGCCUGCCGGAGCAGCGCGCGUCAGCAGCACGCUCUUCGCCCGCCUCGCCAGUGGGGGAAUGUGGCGGCGAUCGCCUGGAGGAGACCAAAGCUCGGGGCUCUGACGGGCACAUGCUUGGCGCCGCCGGCUCCCUUCCGCUUCUCCCGCCUCGCCCGGGAGCUGCGAAGAAGGAACCGCGGCAUGAAGGAGAAAGAGGCGACGGCGGGCGCGGUGGCGGCACCACCACCACCACCAACAGCCGCGUUAAGAGCGGCUGCAAGAAACCGCGUUGCCCGCUCUGGCCAAGCGUGUUGAGGCGUUCCAGUAGGUAAGUCCUGUUAACCGCGGAGGAAACUUUCCGGCUCGGAGGAAGAAAAAAAAAAGAAAGAAAGAAAGAAAGAAAGAAAGAAAGAAAGAAAGAAAGAAAGAAAAGGGAACGGCGGGAGCGCAUCUUUCCCAAAGCCCUUGAAAACGCCGCCUAAAGAAUUUGCCCGAGCCAAGAAAUCUACGGCUUGGUUUUCUCUGCCGCGGCGUCUGUCGUUUUGUGUGUUGUGUGUGAGCCUCGGAGAGUUCGUCUGACAAAGGACACUUGCUGAUUCUAGAUCUUGAAAGCCACUGAUGUGAAUUCAUUGGUGUCACCAUGACUGAAGCCCUCAUUUCGGUUGUCCUGAAUUUGACUGAAACCCAUGCACUGGCUAACAAUGUGACCAGCAAUGCCACUAACAAGUGUUCCUUGACCAAAACCGGUUUUCAGUUCUAUUACUUGCCGGCUGUCUACAUCGUAGUCUUCAUCACUGGAUUCCUAGGCAACAGCGUGGCCAUCUGGAUGUUUGUCUUCCACAUGAGGCCAUGGAGUGGCAUCUCAGUUUACAUGUUCAACUUGGCCCUAGCAGACUUCUUGUACGUCCUGACGCUCCCUGUCCUAAUAUUCUACUACUUCAAUCAAACGGACUGGAUCUUUGGAGACUUCAUGUGCAAGCUGCAGAGAUUUAUCUUUCAUGUCAAUCUAUAUGGAAGCAUCUUAUUCCUCACAUGCAUCAGUGUGCACAGAUACACUGGUGUGGUGCAUCCUUUGAAAUCACUGGGGAGACUGAAAAAAAAGAAUGCUGUUUACAUCAGCGCCCUGGUCUGGUUUAUCGUGGUGGUGGGAAUCUCUCCCAUCUUUUUUUAUUCUGGGACUGAAGUAAGGAAAGUCAAAACCAUGGCGUGCUAUGACACAACAGUAGACAAUUACCUGCGUAGCUACUUUAUUUACAGCAUGUGCACCACUGUCUUCUUGUUUUGCAUCCCAUUCAUUCUGAUCCUCGGUUGCUAUGGAUUAAUCGUGAAAGCACUGAUUUACAAAGAUUUAGACAAUUCCCCGCUUAGGAGGAAAUCAAUUUACUUGGUUAUUAUAGUGUUGGCAGUAUUUGCUGUGUCUUAUCUUCCUUUCCACGUGAUGAAAAACUUGAAUCUACGCGCUCGGCUGGAUUUUCAGACUCCGGAAAUGUGUGCGUUUAACAACAGGGUUUAUGCUACCUACCAAGUAACUCGAGGGCUAGCGAGUCUCAACAGCUGCGUGGAUCCUAUUUUAUAUUUUUUGGCUGGAGAUACUUUUCGGAGAAAGCUCUCCAGGGCAACUCGGAAAGCCUCAAGACGGAGUGAGCUCAAUGUGCAAUCCAAAAAGUCAAGUCAUCAGAGGCUCUCCACUGUUUUUUCAUACAGCAAGAGGUCAGAGAUGACAAAGCCAGAUUCAAGAAGAUAAUAGCUGGACAUUUCAGUUAGAUAUUAUCAUUGGAGGAAUAUUUCACUCUCUGGAAAAUUUUACCAGCUUUUGAAUGCCCACUCUUCAUAAACCAGAGUUCAUGGCACAGAGAAUUGCUGGGAUUAUGACAUACUUUUCAGUAAAUGUUGAAAACAAAAUUGUAUUAUUUUUGGUUGUUUAUGUAACCAGUAGAGGCUAUUUAUAAUGUGCCUGUCCUUAAGUGAGAGCUCACAUUCUUAUUACUACAUAGCAGCAAAAACAAAAAGAAAAAAAAGAAUGCUGGGUGAAAUAAGCAUAUCUAGAGAAUAGAAUAGAAUAGAAUAGAAUAGAAUAGAAUAGAAUAGAAUAGAAUAGAAUAGAAUAGAAUAGAAUAGAAUUCUUUAUUGGCCAAGUGUGAUUGGACACACAAGGAAUUUGUCUUGGUGCAUACACUCUCAGUGUACAUAAGAGAAAAGAUACAUUCAUCAAGAAUCAUAAGGUACAGCACUUAAUAACAAAUAAGUAAUCAAAUCAUAUCAGGAAACAGUCAGUAUACAGUAAAUCAUAAGAAUACCAGCAACAAGGUUACAGUCAUACAGUCAUAAGUGAGAGGAAAUGGGUAAUAGGAACGAUGAGAAGAUUAAUAGUAAUGCCGACUUAGUAAAUAGUUUGACAGUGUUCAGGGAAUUACCUGUUUAGCAGAAUGAUAGGGUUCGAGAAAAAACUGUUCUUUUGUCUAGUUGUUCUGGUGUGCAGUGUUCUACAGAGUCUGUAGAGUGAUGGAUACAUUCCAAAGCACCACAAAAUUCCCAUUUGAUAAAUACAAUUUUUAAAUUUAAAGCACUUAUUUAACACAGAGGGCAUUAAAAGUUGACAUUCAAUGUUACUAUUACACAGAAAAUGGAUUUGGACCGCACUCUCUUAGCCAAAUUAUUUAAAAAUAAUUUGCUGCAUUUAUACAACAUUCUAAACUUGUUUAGUUUUAAACUUGGUUAGAGUUUUGAUUUGGGUUAAACUUGUCUCUUAGUUUAUAUUACAAUUUGUUGCACAAACCUGGAAAAAUAGGUUACAUCAACUACUAGAUUAAAUAUUUUGGCUAAGCCUUGGCCAUAAUGUCUGUGCAAAACACAAUCCACAGAUAUUUUUAGGAAAUAAAUAAACACAAUGGCACUCAGAAAUAUCACAGUGGAGAACCAGAUAAUAAAGUUUACCACAAUGGCAGGCAAAAUGUUUCUUGUUGAGAUACAAUUUCCUUGAAGGAAGUCUGAGGAAUGGCUGCCUUCCAAUGGUACGUGGAGCUGAAACACGAUAUAAAUGUGGCCAUUGCCAGGAGUGCUAGGAAGGCUCAGUCUCCUUUUCUGAAUGUUCUUUCUUGGGUAAUUCCUUUUCUUUUUAUGACACCUCAUUGUCUACUUUUCUCUUAUUCCUAGCCAGCUGUUAGAAAAGGGGCAUAUGCAGUGGUGGGAUUACUACUGGUUCUGUUGAUGUGGCUUGGUGGGCGUGGCAUGGCUUGGUGGCCAUGGCAGGGAUAGGAUACUGUAAACUCUCCAUUUCCACCCCACUCCAGGGGAAGGAUACUGUAAAAUCUCCAUUCCCUCCACACUCCACUAACCUGCUUUCCAGGGCAACAAAAGAAGACCCAGAUGAUCAACUGGAACACGAUCAGCUGGGACUCAGGAGGCAGUGAAUAGAUGGGGGCAGGGCCAGUCAGAUGUGGUAUUUGCCAGUUUUCCGAACUACUGAAAAUUUCCACUACCUGUUCUCCAGAACUGAUCAGAACCAGCUGAAUGCCACCUCUGGACAUAUUGCUUUGUCAUGUGUACAUAUCUUGCUUGCAAGGGAAGCUGAAGGCAGUGUUAAUUUGAGGGCCCCUUGGCACGAGAGUGACAGAUUGAUCACUUCUCCCCAGAAACCUGGUAAUGGGAAAGACCUUUAAUGUUGCCUUCUCUUGCUCCAGAAGAUGCUACUUCUGGGAUAUAGAGGAAGGAUCUAUAUACGUUUAGUACUAUAGAUUAUUUUCACUCAUAUUGUGCCAUUUUCAACACUGAAACAGAUGUUGUUUAGUUUUAGUCAGAUGAAUGGGAACAGAUGGACUUUUAUGCUAUUUUCAGAAUUUUAAAACUUUUGAGAGUUGAUUUGGGCCUAUUGUGAUGUGUGGGAAACAAAAAUAUGGCAAAAGAAAGUGUGGAUCAGAACCUCAUAUAGAAUCACAAGUUUAGAAAAGAAAUAAUUUGUAUCCUUGACUGGCACCCUUAAAAUAAAUAUAUAUAUAAAAACAUAAAAACAGACCCCACCACCUACCUAGAAAAAACCACUAGAUCCAAAAUAAAAACCUCCCCCAUCAGCGAAGAAAUCCAACAAAGAAUCAUUCCCAGAGAGAAAUCAUCCAGAUGCCCUAAGCUCUAUGGUCUCCCCAAGAUACACAAAGAAGGAACCCCACUCAGACCCAUAGUCAGCUCCAUAGGCUCACCUCUACAAAACCUAGCCAAAUUUCUCGCCAAACAACUACAGCCCUAUGCAGAAUCCAUCGCCUCACACGUAAAAAACUCAUUCCAGUUCAUAGAGAUCAUAAAGAAACAAAACUUACAGCCCAGUGACCUACUUGUGAGCUUUGAUGUCAUAUCUCUCUUCACCCAAGUGCCAAUCAAAGAAGCAUUGACAGCUAUCCAAAACAAAUAUAACCCCCCCAAGCACAUCCUAGAUCUGACCAACCACUGCCUAUCCAACACAUACUUCAUCUAUAACGGACAAAAAUACAAACAAAUAGAAGGCGCACCCAUGGGAUCACCCCUCUCACCUGUCAUUGCCAACCUCUACAUGGAACACUUUGAAACCCAAGCUCUAGAAAAAUCUGAUCACAAACCCAAACUCUGGCUCAGAUACGUAGACGACACCUUCAUAAUCUGGCCACACGGGAAAGAAAAACUUGACAACUUCCUCACACACCUCAAUAGCCUACACCCCAAAAUACAGUUCACCAUGGAAACAGAAGUUAACAACCAACUUCCCUUCCUAGAUGUCUUAGUCUACAGGAAACCCAAUGGCUCCCUAGGACACACCAUCUACCAGAAGAAAACACACACAAACCGGUAUCUGCACGCACUCUCACACCACCACCCAGCACAGAUCAACUCCGUAGUCAAGACACUCAUCUCCAGAACAAAACGCUUAGCUGAUGAACAACACCUAAAAACCAAACUAUACACUCUCACUAACGUACUAACAUCCAAUGGAUUCAAGAAACUAAUCCAAAAAGAACCCCCCACUAAAAUCCAAGACAGAGAACAAGAAAACGGCACAGCCCUCCUCCCAUAUAUAAAAGGCAUCACAGACAGAAUCAGCAAGAUCCUCCACAAACACAACAUCAAGACAGCAUUCUGCACAAACCAAAAAAUAUCCACCAUCCUAAGAAACCUCAAAGACAAAACUGAGUUAGAAAAUCAAGGAGUAUAUGAAAUCCCAUGCACCGCCUGCCCCACCACAUACAUUGGACAAACCAACAGAAGAAUAAGUGCACGCAUUGAAAAACACAAGAACUCAGUCAAAAAAGAGGAGCCAACUUCUUCCCUGGUCCAACACCUUAAAGCCACAGGACACGAUAUUGACUUUAAAAAGACCAGAACUAUCGCCAAAACUGAACACUUUAACAACAGAAUAAUCAGAGAAGCCAUCAAGAUAGAAAAACGCCCACAUAGCAUGAACAAAUGAGAUGAUACCUCCCGCCUACCAGCCAUUUGGAAACCCGCCCUUAUUAACAAACGAGUCCCUAACACGAGGAAUGACACCAGACCCACACUCACCAGGUCCACACAGGAUGUCACCACCGCACAUCCACCCAGAAAGCAGACCCAAACCCACACUGAUCAUGAAGCACGACCAAGGACCAGAAGCCAGACCGCAGCUGCAACAUUAGCCAUUUCAAACCCUCCAAUCCAUACAUGCAGCAGACUGACACCCACUAUGAAGAUGUAGCACGACCACGAACAUGAAGCCAAACAACAGCAAUUCAGCUCACCAGCUCAAAUCCCCCUGCAACUCAGACUAAUCUGAGCACAACCAAGGCUCCACCCAAACAGGACACACCCCCAGCCAAUCAGAGCACAAAAAAACCCAUCCAAGCAGAGCACAGCCAAGCUCCCACCCAAUCAGUUCAAACCCCCACUAGCAGUUAAAAAGGAAGAAACAGCUGCAAUCACACAUUGCUCCCAGAAGCACGAAGCUGAAGCCUGAAGAUGACGAAUGAGACUUUGUCGAAACGUCGCCAAGACACUUCCAAUUUUAUGCGGGAGAAAACCCGAAUAACCAAAGACCUACAUAUAUAUAUAUAUAUAUAUAUAUAUGUAAUUAUUUUAUAUGCAAAAGACAAAAGAGAGAACAAGAAAAUCUCUAAGUCACAUAUCCUAACAAGUGUUUCAUGUAUUUUCAUGUAUGUAUGUCAUGUCAUUCAAUUAAAUUAUUGAUGUUUGUCAGUUUGCUUAUCACUAUCAAAAAUAUGAACAAUAUAUAUAUAUAUAUAUAAACUAUUAUAUGAGUCCAAAUUUCAGAAGAGUUUACCAUCUUAGGAGUAAAAUGUUAGUUCAGAUUUAGAAAUGACUCUUUAACUAUUAGUUUGUGUUUUCUUGUUAUGUCACUUCAAAUAAAACUGAAUCAUUUUUUUUAACCAGAUCCAACUAAAAGACAUACUUUUCCUUUUAUAGGCUACUGGAUCAGACAAAUGAAAUGCAAACAUUCACAAACUGCCAAUAAUGUGAUUAUGUAGUUAUAUUGCUGGUUGGAAAGAUUUUUUUCA